ACCUAUGUUAAUUCUAAAACCCUCCCUCAACUAGCCUACACUCUCCCCAUCCAUAGUGUUCAAACCGCAGACAUCCCUCCACUAUAUCGACCCUGCACCAUUAUUUCCAAUAAUCCAAUCUUGCCAAUGUCCCCCUCCCUUUCCAUACUUCUCAACAAGAAUUUUUUUCCACAAACUAUCCCUAUUUUUUGCAAGCCUACCCCACCAUUUUGCCAUCAACGCCAUGUUAAAUUUCCUUAAGUCCCUCACUCCUAGGCGCCCUUCUNAUGGUGCAGCAAGCCAGGGGAAUGCAUCAAAAAGUUGUUAGGAAUGCGGUUGUAGAUUGGCGACAGCAUAAUGUUUUACCUGACAUCGUGGAUCAGGCAAAUUGUGAUUGUUGCUGGGCAGUCGUGGCUUGCAAUGCCAUUAGUACUGCACAGAGCAUACAAUAUCAAAAUCCACGCACUGUGUACUCCUACCAGCAGUUGAUUGACUGCUGUGAGGAAGAAAAAUGGAGUACCUUAAAACCUGACGAAAAGCACAAGUGCCAGAGGAGCUCCUACAAAAAAGCAUUUCGAUGUAUCAUGACUGCUGGACUGAGUUUUGGUAAGGAGAAGAAAUGCAAUCAAAUGGGCAAUACAAAGGACGGAAUGUGGAAAUGGGACCUUGCCUGGAGAAGAAGCCUGUUCGAAUGGGAAGCUGAUAGUGCAGAGGAGCUCAACGUCAUGAUCAAAGAUACGAGAAUUUCACCAGGUAGCCCAGACAAGUGGCUGUGGACACACAACAACGAUGGCAACUACUCAACCAAAUCAGCUUACUCAAUGUUGAUAAAAGAUCACGAUGGAUUAAAUGCAGCUUCAACUUUUAAGAGGGUGUGGAAUCCAAUUCUUCCAAAUAAAAUAACAGCAUUUAAUUGGCAAGUUUUAUUAAAUAGAAUCCCAACCAAACUCAAUCUACUGAAAAGAGGAUGCGCCAAAGGAUGGGAAGACAGCAAGUGUGUCAUGUGCGAAGCAGAGGAGGAAGAUUCGGAUCACCUACUUUUAAAAUGCAGUUUGGUCAAGUGGUUGUGGAAGGCAUGUGCAGCGUGGUGGGGAAUCAAUGUAAGGCUGGAGAAUAAUUGUUGGGAUACAUUCAAGAAGCUCGGGGAAGGGAACAAAGAUUCACGCAUUAGAGAAGGCUGGGACUGCAUCUGGAAUGCUUUGGUCUGGUCGGUGUGGUUAGCAAGAAAUCAGAAGAUUUUUCAACAAUCAGAGCAGAAAAAAGAAAAGAUACUGGAACUCAUACAAUUGAGAGCUUUCUUAUGGAUUAAAGCAAGAAAGGCAAGAUGCACAUUUACCAUUUCUGAUUGGCUUAACAAUCCAACUGCAUGUCUUACAGUUAACAGUGGAAGGAAAAGGAAAAGAGCGAGCAGGACAGAUAAAACGAGUAAGGAGGGAUAAUUUUUAAAUGGAUGAUUAUCAGUUUGCUGUUUAUGUAUUAUGGGUAGAGUAGCUCUUGUACUCAUAUCAUCAAUAAAAGUAUGCUUUGCUG